UGGUUGGUUAAUGAUUUAUGAUGGUUGGAGGCUGGGCGCUUUCUGGGGCUGCCCCACGCCCUGGCAGCUGCCGGGAAGGCGCGUGAGAGCUGCUAGGUUGGAGUGCGCAGGUUGAGAGGCAGGGACUCGUCUCUGUCGCUGAAACUUCAGCCUGAGGUCUUAAUUAGGUUUCUGGCCUUCUUCCCACAGGCGUGCGGCUGGGACGGUGCUGGCCUGAGCUGGACCUUGUCUGAUGGCUUCCUCCAACCCACCUCCGCAGCCUGCCAUAGGAGAUCAGCUGGUUUCUGGAGUCCCAGGCCCCUCCCCCGAGCCGGAGGACGACCCUGGAGAAGCCUUUGAGUUUGACGACAGUGAUGAUGAAGAGGACACCAGCACAGGCCUGGGUGUUCCCGGCCUGUCUCCAAGGAGGGAUGCAGACCCUCCCCUGAUCGACUUCGACUCCACCCCUGUUACUGACCCAGACCCAGCAGCCGAGCCGCCUGGCACGGACUCACCGGCGUGUCUCGGAGGGUGUCUCGGCGUGUCUCGGCACCGCAGGGUGCCGGCUGUGGUGAGCAAUGGGGACGCGGUGGACGCUGCCUGCUCCGGGGUGCGGCGCUCCAGCUGGAAGCGGAAGAGCUCGCGUCGCAUCGACCGGUUCACUUUCCCCGCCCUGGAAGAAGAUGUGAUUUAUGACGACGUCCCCUGUGAGAGCCCGGAUGCCCAUCAGCCCGGGGCGGAGAGGAGCCUGCUGUACGGGGAUGUGCACCGGGACGGGGCGCCGCGGGAGGCCGAGGACCUAGGCUGGAGCUCCAGCGAGUUCGAGAGCUACAGCGAGGGCUCCGGGGAGGACGCCAAGCCGGAGGUGGAGCCCACCAAGCACCGAGUGUCCUUCCAGCCCAAGCUUUCUCCAGACCUGACUAGGCUAAAGGAGAGAUACGCCAGGACUAAGAGAGACAUCUUGGCUUUGAGAGUUGGGGGGAGAGACAUGCAGGAGCUGAAGCACAAGUACGAUUGGAAGAUGACCCAGCUCAUGAAGGCCGCCAAGAGCGGGACCAAGGAUGGGCUGGAGAAGACGAGGAUGGCUGUCAUGCGCAAGGUCUCCUUUCUGCACAGGAAGGACGUCCUCGGUGACUCUGAGGAGGAGGACAUGGGGCUCCUGGAGGUCAGCGUCUCGGACAUCAAGCCCCCAGCCCCGGAGCUGGGCCCCAUGCCAGACGGCCUGAGCCCUCAGCAGGUGGUGCGGAGGCACAUCCUGGGCUCCAUCGUACAGAGCGAAGGCAGCUACGUGGAGUCUCUGAAGCGGAUACUCCAGGAUUACCGCAACCCCCUGAUGGAGAUGGAGCCCAAGGCGCUGAGUGCCCGCAAGUGCCAGGUGGUGUUCUUCCGCGUGAAGGAGAUCCUGCACUGCCACUCCAUGUUCCAGAUUGCCCUGUCCUCCCGCGUGGCUGAGUGGGACUCCACCGAGAAGAUCGGGGACCUCUUUGUGGCCUCAUUCUCCAAGUCCAUGGUGCUAGACGUGUACAGCGACUAUGUGAACAACUUCACCAAUGCCAUGUCCAUCAUCAAGAAGGCCUGUCUCACCAAGCCCGCGUUCCUCGAGUUCCUCAAGCGGCGGCAGGUGUGCAGCCCGGACCGCGUCACCCUCUACGGGCUGAUGGUGAAGCCCAUCCAGAGGUUCCCACAGUUCAUCCUCCUGCUUCAGGACAUGCUGAAGAACACCCCGAGGGGCCACCCCGACAGGCUGUCGCUGCAGCUGGCCCUCACAGAGCUGGAGACGCUGGCCGAGAAGCUGAACGAGCAGAAGCGGCUGGCCGACCAGGUGGCCGAGAUCCAGCAGCUGACCAAGAGCGUCAGUGACCGGAGCAGCCUCAACAAGCUGCUGACCUCGGGCCAGCGGCAGCUGCUCCUGUGUGAGACAUUGACCGAGACCGUGUACGGUGACCGAGGGCAGCUGAUCAAGUCCAAGGAGCGCAGGGUCUUCCUGCUCAAUGACAUGCUGGUCUGUGCCAACAUCAACUUCAAGCCUGCCAACCACAGGGGUCAGCUGGAGAUCAGCAGCCUGGUGCCCCUGGGGCCCAAGUACGUGGUGAAGUGGAACACGGCGCUGCCGCAGGUGCAGGUGGUGGAGGUGGGCCAGGAUGGUGGUGCCUACGACAAGGACAACGUGCUCAUCCAGCACGCCGGCGCCAAGAAGGCCUCUGCCUCGGGGCAGGCCCAGAAUAAGGUGUACCUCGGCCCCCCGCGCCUCUUCCAGGAGCUGCAGGACCUGCAGAAGGACCUGGCCGUGGUGGAGCAGAUCACACUCCUCAUCAGCACGCUGCACGGUACCUACCAGAACCUGAACAUGACCGUGGCUCAAGACUGGUGCCUGGCACUGCAGAGGCUGAUGCGGGUGAAGGAGGAGGAGAUCCACUCGGCCAACAAGUGCCGCCUCAGGCUCCUGCUCCCCGGGAAACCCGACAAGUCCGGCCGCCCCAUCAGCUUCAUGGUGGUCUUCAUCACCCCCAACCCCUUGAGCAAGAUCUCCUGGGUCAACAGGUUGCAUCUGGCCAAAAUCGGACUCCGGGAGGAGAACCAGCCGGGCUGGCUGUGUCCGGACGAGGACAAGAAGAGCAAAGCCCCGUUCUGGUGCCCGAUCCUGGCCUGCUGCGUCCCCGCCUUCUCCUCCCGGGCCCUCAGCCUGCAGCUCGGGGCCCUGGUCCACAGUCCUGUCAACUGUCCCCUGCUGGGCUUCUCGGCAGUCAGCACCUCCCUUCCACAGGGCUACCUCUGGGUCGGGGGCGGGCAGGAGGGCGCCGGGGGCCAGGUGGAGAUUUUCUCGCUGAACCGGCCCUCGCCGCGCACCGUCAAGUCCUUCCCGCUGGCAGCGCCCGUGCUCUGCAUGGAGUACAUCCCGGAGCCGGAGGAGGAGGCGGAGAGCGGGGACGAGCGCCGGGCAGCUGCUGACCCCUCGGCCGCGGCGCAUCCGACCAUCUGCCUGGGGCUCCAGGAUGGCAGCAUCCUGCUCUACGGCAGCGUGGACACCGGCACCCAGUGCCUGGCGACCUGCCGGAGUCCAGGCCUGCAGCCCGUGCUCUGCCUGCGGCACAGCCCCUUCCACCUGCUCGCCGGCCUGCAGGACGGGACCCUCGCCGCCUACCCUCGGGCCAGCGGAGGAGUCCUGUGGGACCUGGAGAGCCCCCCCGUGUGCCUGACUGUGGGGCCAGGGCCCGUCCGCACCCUGCUGAGCCUGGAGGACACGGUGUGGGCCAGCUGUGGGCCCCGGGUCACUGUCCUGGAUGCCACCACCCUGCAGACUCAGCAAAGCUUCGAGGCGCACCAGGACGAGGCAGUGAGCGUGACGCACAUGGUGAAGGCGGGCAGCGGCGUCUGGAUGGCCUUCUCCUCCGGCUCCUCCAUCCGCCUCUUCCACACCGAGACCCUGGAGCACCUGCAGGAGAUCAACAUCGCCACCAGGACCACCUUCCUCCUGCCAGGCCAGAAGCACUUGUGUGUCACCAGCCUCCUGAUCUGCCAGGGUCUGCUCUGGGUGGGCACUGACCAGGGUGUCAUCGUCCUGCUGCCUGUGCCUCGGCUGGAGGGCAUCCCCAAGAUCACAGGGAAGGGCAUGGUCUCGCUCAACGGUCACUGUGGGCCUGUGGCCUUCCUGGCGGUGGCGACCAGCAUCCUGGCCCCGGACAUCCUGCGGAGCGACCAGGAGGAGGCUGAGGGGCCGCGGGCCGAGGAGGACAAGCCGGACGGGCAGGCUCCCGAGCCGGUGCCCGCGCCCGACAGCCACGUGGGCCGGGAGCUGACCCGGAAGAAGGGCAUCCUGCUGCAGUACCGCCUGCGCUCCACGGCGCACCUGCCCGGCCCGCUGCUCUCCAUGCGCGAGCCCGCGCCCGCCGACGGCUCGGCGCUGGAGCACAGCGAGGAGGACGGCUCCAUCUACGAGAUGGCCGACGACCCCGACGUCUGGGUGCGCAGCCGGCCCUGCGCCCGCGACGCCCACCGCAAGGAGAUCUGCUCCGUGGCCAUCAUCUCCGGCGGGCAAGGCUACCGCAACUUCGGCGGCCUGGGCGGCAGCGGGAGGCCGGCGCCGUGCGGGGAGACGGACAGCACCCUCCUCAUCUGGCAGGCGCCCCUGACGCUAUAGCCCCGCCCCGCCGGGGCGCAGGCGCAGCUGCAGGCCUGGCCGCGGCGGGUCGCGCUGUCCCCGAGGUCCCCAGCCGGUGCGGGAAGACUCGCGUUCCAGGGGCCCGCCAGGGCCGCUCGCACGGGCCUGGAUUCUCCAAGAACGACUUUGGCAGGGUGAAGGAAAACCUCCUAUUUUUACAGAUAUUUUUUUUUUUCCCCAGAGUGUUUUGGGGAGGGGUUUUAGGGUUAGGGGAGAGGAAGGACACAUCCGGAAGGAAAUGGCCUUCUUUUUAAAAGCGAAAAACACAAAACCUCACAACUGCCUGGCAAGCCCAGCACCGCCUGUCCCGGCCGCUCGGGGCUCCCAGGCAGGCGCGCGCCCGCCUGCAGGUGCGUGCGCGUGCGCGUGCGAGCGUGUGGGCCGCGUGUGAAUAUAUAUAAAUACAUAUACAUGGUGUACAUUCUAUGUGUAUAAAUACAGUCUGUACAUAUUGGAGCUCUGGGAGAUGCUGGAAUAAAUGGCGAGAGCCUCAUCGGUGCUUGGA